AUGGAAUUCUCCAAGCUCUUCCUCUACUCGAUACUAUCAUGGGUCCUUCUGUCGUCGGAUGCAGUAGCACGACCUAUGCCUUACGAGCCCAAUCUAGCAGCUCGGCUGGAAGUGGGCAGCGUGGAGUGCUGGGACUCACUGGUGGAAUUGCAAGCUUGCACCACCGAGGUCAUCCUCUUCUUCCUCAACGGUGAGACUUCCCUGGGCCCUGGCUGCUGCCGGGCUAUAAGAAUAAUUGAGCACCAGUGCUGGCCCACCAUGCUCAGCUCCCUGGGUUUCACUGCCGAGGAAUGCGACAUACUCAGAGGCUACUGCAACGCUUCUGUUUCUCUCCCUCCGCCAUCCCUGCCUACUCAAGGUCCGGGUAUCGUGCCAGACUCAGAUUGCCAUCCUGGCGCUGCGCCUCAGAAGAAUCUGUGA